CUUGUUUUUCUUUUCCAGCUUGCCAAGGCCCACCUGUUUUUUAUUUAUCCAAACUUUUUUUUUCUUUCUUACACUAUGCAGUACAACCCUUUGAAUUAUCAAGUUGCUCUUGAUAAUAAACAAUAUGUUCCAUCGUCAGCCAAUGAUCAGCCACAAGAUAUGCCCAAUUACUAUGCCUACACCGCCGCUAUGCCACCAUGCCCGAUCUCGGAUGCUGACGACGACGAAACCGUGGAAUCGGCCUCAAAGUUCAACGUGAAAAAAUCGAAAAGAAAACAAGUGAAAAACGCAUGCGUUAAUUGCCAGAAAGCUUGCAAGAAAUGCGAUGAAGGAAGACCGUGUCAACGUUGCAUCAAAUUAGGCAUUACAGCCACUUGUAUCAAUUCACCACGCAAGGAACGAAAGAAAGGUGUCAAGCGAGGCCCUUACAAGAAGCGUCAGCGACACCAACGCCAAGCAUCUGGCUCGGAUUCGCCUCAAUCCAUCGAAUCGUUAUCCAUGCAGGAUCAUGCCACGGUGGCUGCGGAGAAGGAAAUUCCACAGCAACAUUGGUUGUUCGAGGAACAGGCUUCAUAUGCGCCCGUCGAGACCCAUGGCUUGAUGAUGACACGAGACACGUUUGCAUCACCAUCGGUGGCUGAUGAACUGAGUCCUCACUAUGGUGAUUACACUCAUCCCUCGUCGGUGCUCAUGAUGACCCCACCGUCGCAAUCACCGUUGUCAUUCAGCGAUCAGUCGGACGUGUAUGCCUUUGGCGGUGUCUCGCCUACUUCAUCCUCUCCGUCUUCCGUGUUCUUUCCUUCCACCAUUCUUGAUAACCCUACGAUGCCUGUCAUGGAUACCAUCCCAUCCUCUGUGCCAUUGCAAAUGGGCUGGAUGCCUUCCGAACCCGUUUUCUCGGCCAACCACAGCUACACGCGCAUUCCUCCGGUCCCAACUUUCGAGUAUUCUCAACCUAUAUGGACCGACGAUUACGGCUUGCCCUACAAGCAAGAAAUGAUGCCCAUGGACGAAUCGGCCGCUUUUAUCCCCGUGUUGUCUCAGCCCAUUUAUCGUCAACCGUCUCCGCAACCGAUCUCGGCGCAUUUUGUCAAGCAACAACAGCAACCGGCAUUGAUGUCCACGAAAGAAUAUCCUUACCAAUUCAGCAAGCAACCAGUGUCAUCGGAUUUGCUAUCUCACAUUGAUGCCUGGCAAUCUGCUGCUCUUUAUCACAUCUAAGCAUUUCACUUUUCAACCACCCUUUCGACCCCACUCUUACAACAAAAAAGGAGGAACAUCAUCACAAAGCACACAUUUUUUUUUUUUUACGCACACUGACACACACACACAUUUUCAUGACAAAUCCACCCUUGUUUUCCCCACAUUUUUCAUUCAAAUCAUUCUUACUCUUCCCCUAACUUGUCCUCUUUAUUUGCAUUAUUUUAUGAACCAUUGCGUCUAUCUAUUGAUUAUUUAUCCUUCUUCUCCACCAUGCUAGUCAUCUCAUCUUAUGCCUCUUUUGUUAUUUUUUUCUCUUGUACAUACGCGUGACGUACAGUUCCCUCCCCUCCAUAGAUCUAGAUAUGUAAAUCCCCAUUUAUCUGUAUAAUGCGUGUCAUGGUAUUCUCAUUUCAUACAAAAUUUCCCAAUUCAUUAAAGAAAAAACUGAUCAAUUGUCUUUCAUUUCUAUCCUAAUUGUAACAAUCUAUAUUAAAUUAU